CCUCGCUGCCGACCUCAAACAACUCCUCUUGCUCAGUCCACCUCUUCUCUUCCUUCCCCAAUUGAAGAACUGCAGGAGCUAAGCUACUACUACUACUUUUACUGAAGGUGCUAACGGUUUGCUGGUCGGUCGAACUAGGGUGAGAUUCAAGGCUGAUCAUGAGCGCCUUCCUCGCGCCCUUCACGCCUCUUCCGUCCCUCUUUGACGGCGCCGGCGGCCACGACGACCAAUCGUCCUUGCUGGCCUUCCUCAUGAACGACGACUUCACCAUGACACCCGACGCGUUCUUCGCCUACGCCGGCGCAGCGGACGACACUACGGAUCUCCCUGCUCCAGCCUUCUCCGGCCAUGGCCGCGAGCAACCCGCUGGCGGCCUGCUGUUAACACCACCGGCGCCGGCGGCGGUGAGUAGUCAUGGCAGGAAGCGGGGCUUCGGUGACGAUGAACCUGACGCGGCCGGGUCGUCGCGGCCGGCGGCGGUCAGGAGGAAGUGCUCGCCUUCGAGCUCGCCCGCGCACAGCGGCGGCGACCCGGCGCCGCCGGCGGCUCGGGGCGGCGGCGGGCGGCGGGUGUGGGUGCGGGAGCGGAGCACGGAGUGGUGGGACCGGCUCAGCGACCCGUUGUGUCCCGACGCGGAGUUCCGGGCGGCGUUCCGGAUGUCGCGCGCGACCUUCGACCUGCUGUGCGAGUCGCUGAGCGGCGCCGUGGCCAAGGAGGACACGGCCCUGCGCGCCGCCAUCCCGGUCCACCAGCGGGUGGCCGUGUGCCUGUGGCGCCUGGCCACGGGGGAGCCCCUCCGCGAGGUCUCCCGCCGAUUCGGCCUCGGCAUCUCCACCUGCCACAACAUCGUCCUCCAGGUCUGCGCCGCCCUCACCGCCGUCCUCCUCCCCACGGCCGUCCGCUGGCCGUCAGAGGACAACGCCGGGUUCCAGGCCGUGUCCGGGAUCCCGGGGGUCGUGGGCGCCGUGUGCACGGGCCACGUCCCCAUCGGCCCGCCCAAGGAGAACCCCGGCGAGUACCUCAACCGCCGCCUCACGGAGAAAAACAAGAAGGCGUCCUACUCCGUGGCCCUGCAGGCCGUCGUGGACGCUGACGGCGCAUUCACGGACGUCUGCAUCGGCCUCCCGGGCUCGCUUUCCGACGCCGCCGUGCUCGAGCGGUCCGCGCUGCGAGCCCGCUGCGAGGCCGGGCUGCUCGGUGGUGGCCGCUGCCUGGUGGGCGGGGCGAGCCUCCCGCUGGCGGACUGGAUGCUGGUGCCCUACGCGCACCGGAACCUCACGUGGGCGCAGCACGCCUUCAACGGGCGCGUCGACGCCGCGCGCGGCGUGGCGCGGGCCGCGUUCCGGAGGCUCGCGGCGCGCUGGCGGUGCCUGCAGCGGCGCACCGAGCCCAAGCUCCCCGACCUCCACAAUAUGCUCGGGGCAUGCUGCGUGCUGCACAACUUCUGCGAGCGCAGCGGUGAGGGGGUCCUCGACGCCGACCUCCAGAUGGAGCUCUCGGAGGACUGCGACGACGACAUGGCUGCCGGCACCACCGACGCCGUGCGAUCCGUGGCGGCAGAGCAGGAGCGGGACAGGAUCGCGCACGAUCUCCUCCACGGCGGGGCUACCUUCUUCUAGCUGGCUGUUCUUUGUAUCAAGCCCCCAAGUCUUUUCUGAUGUGAACUACUGUAGUGGUCUUCCAUGAAAACAUUGCAAGACCUCCUAGAUUAGAUUAUACAGCUUUCUGAUGAGUAUCUUUCAUGUUUCGUUUGUUCUACGAAGAAAUUUAUAAAGACAUUGUCAUUGACACCAAAAAUAAUAGUCAUAGCAAGUUAAAUGUAAGAAGUAGCAUCAUGAUCUGGAAGGAAUUUACAAUAUUCA